AUGAAGCAAGUCACAGGCAACCCCAAAGGAGAGCACUGUGGGAAGACUUGUUUGGAAGCAAGCUUAUCGAGGCAGCCAAAAGAAAAUGGAUCUAUUGUUGCUUGUGGACACAGAUGGAAAAAUAUCUUUUACAUAAGAAAUGAACACAAACUCCCAUACGGUAUUUGUUUUGCCAUCUCUUCUGAUUUUCGAACUGAACUGAGCAGAAGAAUAUGCCCAUGCUAUAUAGAUCAUGUACGAAAGUUUGGAGAAAACCAUGGGUCAUGCCAGGCUGGAAUGUCUAGUUUUUACAUUGAGGACUUAAUUAUAAUGGGAGCCCCUGGAUCAUAUUAUUGGACUGGUUCUGUUUUUGUAUACAACACAACUGCAAAUACAAUCCAUGCUUAUACGGAUUCAAAUAACCAAGUGAAAUUUGGCAGUUAUCUAGGAUACUCUGUUGGAGCUGGGCAUUUUCUGACAUCAGCCAGUACAGAAGUGAUUGGAGGGGCUCCCCAGCAGGAGCAGACUGGUAAAGCAUACAUUUUUAGCAUUGAGAAGCAACUAAACAUUCUAUUUGAACUAAGGGGUAAAAAGCUUGGUUCUUACUUUGGAGCUUCAGUUUGUGCUGUGGACCUGAAUUCAGAUGGCCUCUCGGACUUGCUAGUUGGUGCUCCCAUGCAAAGUACCAUCAGAGAAGAAGGAAGAGUUUAUGUCUAUAUCAAUUCAGGUUCUGAGGCAAAGAUGGUGGAACUGAACAUAGAGCUCAGUGGGAGUGACUCAUAUGCAGCCAGGUUUGGAGAGUCGAUAGCCAAUCUAGGGGACAUUGAUAAUGACGGUUUUGAAGAUGUAGCAAUUGGGGCUCCACAAGAAGAUGAUCUAAAGGGGGCUAUUUAUAUAUACAAUGGCAGGGAAGAUGGAAUAACGCCAUCAUUUUCACAGAGAAUACAAGGACAUCAAGUCAGUAAUUCAUUAAGCAUGUUUGGACAAUCCAUAGCGAGUGGCAUUGAUGUAGAUAACAAUGGUUAUCAAGAUGUAGCAGUUGGUGCUUUUCUCUCCGAUUCUGCUGUGGUGCUGAGAACAAAACCAGUCAUAAUUGUUGAAGCUUCUUUAAAACAUCCUAAUUCAAUAAAUCGAACUAAUUUAAACUGCAUGGAAAAUGACCAGCCUGCUACCUGUAUGAAUUUGAAGAUAUGCUUUACCUAUACAGGACGAGAGGUACCUGGUUAUAUUGUACUGCUUUAUAAUCUGAGAGUUGAUGUGAACAGAAAAGCGGAUACACAAGCAAGAUUUUAUUUUUCCUCCAAUGGAACAUCUGAAACAAUCUCAGGACAUGUAAAGAUUUACAACAAGAAAAUUGCCUGCAAGGAUCAUGCAGCAUUUAUGAGGAAAGAUGUAAGGGAUAUCUUGACUCCUGUACAUGUUGAAGCAAGUUAUCAUCUGGGCCAUCAUAUUCUACAGAAAAAAAAUGCUCAAGAAUUUCCACCACUUCAACCUGUUCUUCAAAGGAGGAAAGAAAAAGAUGUUAUAACAAGCAAGUUUGUGUUUGCAAGAUUUUGCUCCCAAGAAAAUUGUUCUGCUGACUUGAGACUUUCUGGGAAAGUUGCUUUUCCAAAGCCCCAUGACAAGAAAACAUAUCUCGCUCUUGGAAGUAUGAGGACUUUAUUGUUGAACAUUUCGCUGCUUAAUGUUGGAGAUGAUGCCUAUGAAACUGUCCUCCAUAUUCAAAUCCCUAAAGGUCUUUAUUUCAUCCGAAUUUUAGAACUGGAAGAAAAACAGAUAUAUUGCGAUGUAUUAGAUAAAGAAAUUCAUACAGUGACACUUGAGUGCAGCGUUGGUUAUUUAUAUGUUGAUCAAAAAUCAAAGCUGGAUUUUAGUUUCCUCUUGGAUGCAAGUUCAUUUACCAGAGCAGAAGAUGACCUCAGCAUCAUCGUUAAUGCUACCUGUAAAAAUGAAGAUAGGAACAUGUCGCUGGAUAACACACUGACUUUACCUGUACUGCUAAGAUAUGAGAUUGAGUUAAAUACUCAUGGGUUUGUAUCACCAGCUUCGUUUGUUUAUGGAGCGAAUGAGAGAGAUUCACCAGUUAGGUGUAUGAAGGAGAGUAUCAACUUCACUUUCCAC